AUGUCCGGCGGUAACAUCGAUGAGCUAUUUAACGUGUUUGAGGAAAACGACCUUGUAGAUAAUAUUUCCACAAAAGAUGAAGCGGGCGAAAGGAGGGGCGCCGGAGUCCCCUUGGACAACCACCGUCAGGGGGAAGUGAACGAGGGUACACUCGGUAAGAUGCAUACUGCGAAAGGCGCAGUGGGAGGAGAGACACACCCCGGUGGGGAAAACGAAAGGGGUACCCACCCUGGAGAGGGUGAUGCAGGGGGAGGCGGACAAGGAGACGCCAAAGGGGAAGCGGAACCGAAUGCGCAGUCGAACGCGCAGCCGCGGAGCGCUCCGUCCGCCCCCAUGGGGACCCCCCAAAUCAACGUCGAAAACCUCAUUUCGUGCAAAAAGAGGGACCAGAAGGUGCAGAGCCAAAUCAAGGAGGAAAUAUACAACGAGAUUCAAAACGUCGACGGCACGACCAGAGCUGCAGGCAGCAAGGUGAGGAAGCUGAACGGGGAGCAAAGCGGGCAAGGCGGGCAAGGCAGCCAAAGCGGUCAAAGCGGCGAAGACGGCCGAAGCGGCCAAAGCGGCGAAGACGGCCGAAGCGGCCAAAAUGGAGACAGCCACUGCGACGCAAACGAACCCGUGGAAGAAACGCUAAUCGAAAACAGCAAAACGAUCAACAACGACGACGUGCUCGUGCUGGAGGAGUUCCGCAGCGACGUCAACUGCAUCCACAAGUGCAUCCGGCCGAGGAGCUACGUGCACAACAAGCUCAGCGAGACCCUCACCCCAGCCAGGACCUACAAAUUCGAAUUAGACACUUUCCAGAAGAAAUCCAUUGAGUGUCUGGAGAGAAACGAAAGCGUCCUCGUCUCAGCACACACCUCCGCCGGAAAAACGGUCAUCGCAGAGUACGCCAUCGCCCUAGGGUUAAGGGAUAAGCAAAGAGUUAUCUACACCAGCCCCAUAAAAGCGUUAAGCAAUCAAAAGUACAGAGACCUGAGCGAAGAAUUUAAAGACGUCGGGUUAAUCACAGGAGAUAUUUCAAUAAAUACGGAUGCUUCCAUCAUCGUCAUGACGACCGAAAUUUUGAGAUCGAUGCUGUAUAGAGGGUCUUCCCUAACGAAGGAAGUAAAAUGGGUCAUUUUCGACGAAAUCCAUUACAUGCGAGACAGAGAUAGAGGAGUCAUCUGGGAGGAAACCAUCAUUUUACUACCACUCAUGGUGCGCUUUAUCUUCCUAAGUGCGACCAUCCCAAAUGGUAUUCAAUUCGCUGAAUGGGUAAGCAGCAUCAAAAGCCAAGCUUGCCACAUUGUGUAUACGGACUAUCGACCCACACCAUUGCAGCAUUAUAUCUACCCAACAUCUAGCGAAAGUGUUUUUCUCAUUUGUGAUGAAAAUAAAGAUUUUAAAAAAAAUAAUUUUAUAAAAGCUGUUAAUGCUAUUAAGGAAAAAAUGAACCUAUCUGAAGAUGGGCAACACCAAAAUGGGAACAAUAAGCAUCAGAGAAGGGGAAAAAAAAAUAUCCACGACAUUGAAAAAAUUGUGCAGAUGUGCCACUCACGUAAUUACACCCCCCUCAUCAUUUUUGCAUUUUCCAAAAAGGAGUGCGAAAUAAAUGCCACCUCCAUGCAUAAGGUGGAUCUGACAGACGACACAGAGAAGGAGGUCAUAAAAGAGUUGUACGAAAAUGCCAUUCAAAUUUUAGCCGAUGAUGAUAGGGCCCUACCGCAGGUCCAGUUUAUUCUUCCCCUCCUCUUGAGAGGCAUAGGAAUCCAUCAUGGUGGCCUACUACCUAUCAUUAAAGAAAUAAUCGAAAUUAUGUUUCAGGAAUCGCUACUGAAAGUUUUAUUCAGCACAGAAACUUUCUCCAUGGGAAUUAACAUGCCUGCCAAAACGGUCGUUUUUACGUCCCUAACAAAAUUUGAUGGGGUAGAAAAAAGGCUUAUCACAUCGGGGGAGUAUAUUCAAAUGGCUGGCAGAGCUGGCAGACGUGGGUUAGACGAUAGAGGAAUCGUUAUCAUCAUGUUAGAUACCCCACUGCACUGGAGAGAGGCGGAAAAGCUAUUCGUCGGGGAAGCCAACCGACUAGUCAGUCAGUUCCACCUGGGCUACAACAUGAUUUUAAAUCUACUCAGAAUAGAAGGCAUAAGACCAGAGUUUAUGAUCGAGCGAUCCUUCAUUCAAUACCAAAUGAAGAAAAACCUCUUCCAGAAAAUUUUGGCCAAAAAAAGAGUCGAAGAAAAAAUUAAAGAAAUUUUUAACCAACUGACUAGUGUCUACCUGGAUGGGGAUGACCAGGAGAUCAGCAGAGAAAAUCUCCUGAAGAAAAUUAUGGACCAUAAUUAUGAGUGCUCCUCUGGGGGGGCGGAGCAACUGGGUGCGACUGAAUUGGGGAGCACUCCACAGGGCGGCCAAGAUGGCAGCGCGAAGGGGGGUAUACCUCCAGGGGUGGACGCAGAAAUGGGCAUCGACGAGGGGGGCAUCGACGCGAACGAUAGCACCUACAUCGAACACACCGCUGACGCCACCACCUGCGACCAGCUCAAACACUACCACACGGUGUUCUCCUGCAUUUCCAAUUACUACAUCUUGAGGAACAAGCUGGUCGAGCUGGGCGAAACCUACAGGAACAUACUGACGGCCAGGAAGAACAUCACCCCGUACCUGGCCAUGGGCAGACUGCUCUACCUGGUGGAGGACGACCUGAUAUGGGGCUGGGCCAUAUGCAUUGAGGGAAAGAUUGUGGAGCGGGCGCACGGGGGCCGCGCCGCCGGGCGCCACAGCGCCGCCAGGAGCGCAAACGUAAACGCGGCAAACUCGGCACACUCAGCAAACGCCGCUACCACCGCUACCGCCGCCAACGCUACCGAUGGCGACGUGCUGCUCGUGGACUGCCUAGUGCCCUACAGCCAAAGCAGAAAGAGGAAACUUGCCCAGAGUGACGACGAGGAGGAAGAAGACGCACAGAAGGAAUUCGAGCCAGCCACCGAGAGGAUGAAGGCCAAAUGGAAACUCAUCACCUUUCACAUCAAGUGCAUUUACCAAAUUUCAGCUGUCGUGUUAAAUCUAGAAAAACCAUUUGAUAAAAAAAAUGAAGACCAAAUUAUGAACGCCAAAAUGAAGUACAACACCAUGGUGACCUGCCUCAGCGGAGAAAAAAACAUCCCAGUCAUUAACCCGCACCAAAUGGAAAUCAAAGAGGAAGCCUUCCUGAAAGUUGUAAAAAAUAUUAACCAUUAUGAGCAUUUGCUAAAUAAAAAUAAAUUACUUAACAGUAGAAAUCUGCAUAAGUAUUACCAGCUCUAUAACAUGUAUAUCGCCUUGCAGUUUGAAAAGAACCUUUUGGAGGCCAACAUAGAAAAGUGCCGAUUCAUCGUCUUGAAGAAGGAACUCAAAAAUAUGCUCGUCCUUCUGCAAGGCCUCAACUACAUCGAAAUUUCGCACAACCGGGAAGGGGAGGCCGCGCAGCAGGGGGAAGCCGUGCAGAAACUCAGGGGGGAGGAAGCCAAUGGGGAGGAACUCAAUGGGGAAGGAACCCAUGGGGAAGGAACUCAUGGGGAGAAGGCCGAAUCGGAGGAAGUCAAAUCAACGCAUGAGACCCACCAGAACGGACGCAGCAGCGGGGGAGACCCCCCCCCGAGCGAGGAAAAAAGCUACGUCGUGACCAUGAAAGGACAAAUCGCCAGUGCCAUCCUCAGCGUAGACGAAUUAGUAAUUGCGGAGUUAUUCUUCUCCAAUUUUUUUAGUAAAUACAAUUACGACUACAUAUGUGCCUUCCUCUCCUGCUUUGUCUACGACGAAUCUUCAAACAAAGAAAUCGCCAUCAGCGACCCAGUUCUUGUGGAGGGCUACCAGCAGAUAAUUAAAACCGCCACGCACGUUUCAAAUAAAAUGAACGAAUGCGGAAUGAACAUUAAUUUGAAGGACUAUCUCGACAAGUUCAAGUCCGCCAUCAUGCCCAUCGUCCUGCAGUGGGUGCGCGGCUACUCCUUCAUGGAGAUUCUCACCGACUCGCAGAUAUACGAGGGGUCUAUCAUACGGACGCUCAGGCGCCUGGACGAACUGCUCAGACAGAUGAUCUGCGCGUUCAGAGGAAUCAACAACGACAGCAUGUGCGACAUUUUGACGGAGGCGACCAAAAAGCUGCGACGCGGCAUCCCCUUCUCCCCCUCUCUGUACCUAUAACUUAGCCAUUUGUUUCCCCCUCCGCGUGCCAAAGCGCUCGGGACGAUCCUCUCCCUCACAUGUACAUGAAUACAUUCUUUCGUAUGAACUCUUUUCCUUUUUUUUUUUUUUUUUACGUUUUUCAAAUUAUGCCCCCCAAAAAAUGCACACACAGCAAUGCGGCAAAUUCGUCGCUCUGCCCAUUGCUGUGCUUUUCUCCCCCUUUUGCCUUUUAAAAAAUGUAACUCCACUGUUUGCUUGUUUCGUUUCACCUCCACUACCCCCACUUUGUUCGUCUUCCCCCUGUACAGCUAUUCGCCUUCCAUAUGUUGUGCAUAGUAAAACGUUAACUACAGACAAUUUGUUGCCCUCCCGCGAUAAUUGGGGGAAGAAUAAAAAGGGAAAAAAAAAAAAAAAAACUCGCGCGCGCAUAAUUCCUGUGCAAUAUGCACAUCUGCAGUGAUAAACCGAACGAGUUGCCCCUAAGUGGGCCACAAAACAGCGUGCAUUAUUCCACUUGACAGAGCUCUCCAUGUGCGUAUUCGGAUUGGCCCCCAAUUUUGCAUCUCCAAAAAUGUGUAUGCCUAUUCAUAUGUACACUACACAAUUGUGCAACGCCGCGAGGGGCAAAUAUAUACCCCCACGUUUUACCAUUUCGUGGCAGCAAAAAUGGCCUCGCAGCUCAACUUUAACGCAGCCCCCAGCUGCAGUUUUUAGAGGCAAAGAAACGGCAGUUCUCCUCUCAUCUUCAGAGCAGAAAAAGGGGACGCCGCCCACGCCAGGGGAAAUCCAAGGGGGCCUACAAAAUGGCAACCAUCGCGCCACUCACACCUACAGAGUGAUACAUGCAUGUUCCUUUUAAAUCAUCUCAAUAACUUUUUGGGAGGCGAAAUUGGAAUGGUCCCACUUUUAAAAUGACCACUUGAGGAGAAUUCCCUUUCCUUGUUUUCCACCUCUUGCUUAAAUUUUUAUUCCCUGUUCGUCCUCCCUCCCCCCACCAGUUCAGCGUCAGGUUCGCUUUCCUCAACGGGAGCAGGGACAACCGCAAAAGCAACGUGCGCAAUCGCGUUCU